CUGACCUAAUCUCAGCAUCUAGGUCUUCAAGAGGAUCUCCUUAUAGGCACUCAAGGUAAACGUCUUCCCUUUUAAUUAUUGGAUUAAAAGAGCGAUAUUAAAUGGUAUUUUCAAUCCUCCUCUUUCCAUUUGGUUUUAGUGUCCAUGAUUUUGACAUAUCGGAAAGAUCUGUUGGAGGAAAGAAGUCUCACAAGUCUGCCCGUUGUAUUGCAUGUGAUGCUAAGGCUUUGGAAGGAAAGAAGCUAUGUGGUACUUGCUUGUCCGAAGCAGCUUGUUCUCCUAAGGAUCCAUCUCCAGAGAUUAUGAAGUGGAUUCAGAUGGCAGUAGAUAAGUCCAUAGAACAGCAGAGAGCUAAUAAGAGGCCAAGAACAACUUCUCAUAGAGAUAGAGAAGAUUCAGAUUUCGAUGCCUCAUUUGUGGAAGCUCAGUCGGGGGAAGGUGAAGAGAUGUAUUCCUCAGAAAUUUGGACUUAG